AAGUUAAACCCAGUGUGUCCCGUCAAGCUCCUCCGCGGGCGUGCGGUGGCGACAGCAAAACAAUACUAUAAACAUUUCUGCCUCUCACUUUCAUUUCACCUUUUCAAACACACAAAUCAAUCAAAAUCCUCAUUUCACCAAAAUAAGAACAGGAAUCCCCAUAACCUUACGCAACAAGAAAAGGACGAACCAACGGACAUUCACUUGUCUUUUCAUGGCAUCGCCGCCGGAGACGACGGCGAAGACGACGUCCAUUCUGUCACCGACGCAGAGGUACGCCGCCGCAUCCCUUUUCGGGCUUGCCCUUCACGAGGCGCAGAUCCACCAGACCCAAAUUUUGCCCUUACCCGCUGCUUCCGACGAUCCCCUCUCCAGAGAACAACGUACCAGUAGUAGCUCCAGCGCCGACUCAGUUUCCGAUGACCCCGAUCUUUGGGUCCACGAAAACUCGGCUUUGCUCCGACCCGUUUUCAAGUUUCUGGAUAUUGAUCCUGCUGCAUGGUCUGGACUUGAGGAAACUGCUGGCUCUUCAUCGGCUACACAUCAUGUGGGACCACUCUUGAGAUUGCUUGCAGAAGAAUCUGAUGAUGGUUCUUCUGAAAGGUCAGAUCAAGAACUUGCUUUAUCAAAAGUUGUUGAUGGUAUACUACUUGGCAUGGAAGAAAAUUUAAGCUCUUCCAAGGCUAAAAGGGGAAAGCUUAUCGAAUAUGAGCAUCAUUGUCGUGAGAAAUUUUCAUCUGCCGAUGUUAAUCCUAAUUCUGAAAAGAUAGAUGUGCCAUUCGAAGCUCAGAAGAACACUACCCCUUCUGUUGAUUGUAAAGAUUCCCAGGGGUUUGUCCAUGGCCAAAUUGAUGAGAAACCAAUUGAAGAGGUGACGAUGCUUAGUGAUCAAAGAAAAGUGACUGUUCUCUAUGAACUUCUUUCAGCUUGUCUUUCAGAUUUAGGUGAAGAUAACAAGAGAUAUACACGGAGAAGAAAAGGUUAUGAUGCUCGGCAUCGUGUGGCUUUGCGGUUGCUAGCAACUUGGCUUGAUGUCAAGUGGACAAAAAUGGAGUCCAUUGAGACCAUGGUUUCAUCUGCGGCAAUGGCUAUAAUUAAAGAACAAGAAUCCAAAAAAGAAGAAAGUCAAUUAAAUGAAAGCAAGUGGGCUAAAUGGAAGCGUCGUGGGAUUAUUGGUGCUGCUGCUGUAACUGGGGGAACUUUGUUGGCUGUUACUGGUGGGUUGGCCGCACCAGCAAUUGCUGCAGGACUAGGUGCUUUGGCCCCAACUUUGGGUACUCUGAUCCCUGUAAUUGGAGCAAGUGGAUUUGCUGCAGCUUUUAGUGCUGCAGGAACUGUUGCUGGUUCUGUUGCUGUUGCUGCAUCAUUUGGAGCUGCGGGAGCUGGACUUACUGGAAGCAAAAUGGCUAGGAGAGUUGGUGGUGUUGAAGAAUUUGAAUUCAAAGCUGUAGGAGAAAACCAUAAGCAAGGUAGGCUAAGUGUGGAGGUCAUGGUCUCUGGAUUUGUUUUUGAGAAGGAAGACUUUUUAAGGCCAUGGGAAGGACAGCAUGACUACUCAGAGAGAUAUGCACUGCAGUGGGAGUCCAAGAAUCUGAUUGCCGUGAGCACUGCAAUUCAAGAUUGGCUUACUUCAAGACUUGCAAUGGAGUUGAUGAAACGAGGGGCAAUGAUGACUGUUCUGAGCACACUUUUAACUGCAUUGGCUUGGCCUGCCGCGUUACUUGCAGCGACUGAUUUCAUAGAUAGUAAAUGGACAAUUGCUAUCAAUAGAGCAGAUAAAGCAGGAAAGUUGCUUGCUAAAGUCUUAUUAAGUGGAGUACAUGGAAAUAGGCCUGUGACACUUGUAGGUUACUCACUCGGAGCAAGAGUUAUUUUCAAGUGUCUUCGGUAUUUGUCCCAGACAGAAAACAGUGCCGAAAUAGUAGAAAGAGUUGUUCUUCUUGGAGCACCAAUCCCAAUCAAGGACGAGAACUGGGAAGCUGCUAGAAAGAUGGUAGCAGGAAGGUUUAUAAAUGCUUAUUCAAGGAAUGACUGGAUGCUCGGAGUUGCCUUCCGCGCCAGCCUAUUAACGAAAGGAUUAUCUGGAAUCCAACCGGUCAAUAUACCUGGGAUCCAAAAUGUCGAUGUCACAAACCACAUUGAAGGCCAUUCUUCUUAUCUGUGGGCAACCCGUCAGAUCAUCGAUGAUCUUCAAUUGGAUACUUACUAUCCCGUUUAUAACAACAUUCUUUGUAUAUCUUGAACUCCCCCUGACGUUGUGGAUCCCAAAAUGGGAGGAAAAGAAAAACUAGAGCAGAAAAAUCACAACCAUUCAGGUGCUCUACUUCUCUGUACAUCAUAGUUAUUGCUAUAGUUAUUGCUGGUGGUCCACCAGUAAAUGCACCGAUUUUAGAUAUAAAAUGCUAAAACUCAGUACUUUUACGGAGUUGACCACCUGAGUUAAGAUAGCUGUAGUAUAUAUACAUUUUCUUUAUCAACUGCACAGAAGCCUCAACUUGUUAUUUGGCGUAACUGGAUUGGAGCAAAAACACUACUUUCAUAUGUGACAAGAAACACCACUUAUAUCUUCUAUAAGGAUUUUAUCUAACAUGAAUGAAAGAUGUAUCAGUUGGUAGUUCAAUGAAAUAUCAGCUGGUACAUAGGUGUUAUAAGCAUAACAUUGCUUAAUGAGAUAAAGGGCAUACUAAGGCUGUGUUUGGGUGCUAU